AAGAUAUUGAAGUUUAAGACUCCGCUCUCUACCUGUUGGACUGCUUAUGUGUGAAAUGGAUUUAUCACCAUCAACAAAGUUCAUAGAUGUAGAUCUGAAGAUAACUGACAUACACUACCACCCGAAGGAAGUUCUUGUGAAAUUUCAGGGAUCUUAUAAUACAGACCACGAGUUUGACUACCAUAUAUUACAAAAUGAAAUACAACAAGUAUCCAAAGUGAAAGACUGCAUUGGCAUUGGUGAGUUUUGUUUAGUAGAAGAUCCAAAUUGUGGAGAAUGGUACAGAGGAAGAGUAAUACGAAAGAAGAACCACAUUUAUGAAGUAUUUCUGAUAGACAAUGGGAAUACAUUGGCAGUCCGUGAUUCUUGUAUUGCAUCUGCUGUUGAUGAAUUGUUUCAGCUUCCUCCAAAAAUGGUUUGUGGAAUCUUUGCAAAUAUACUUCCUGUUGGAGAAAAGUGGUCUUCAAAAGCUCUGAAUUACUUUUCAUCCUUAAUAGACUUGCAAAUUAAAGGCCGUGUACAAGCCAUUAUGCCACACCAAACAUUUCUUCUUGAUGUGCCAAAAGUUACUAGUGACGUGAUAGAACUGAAAUUAGGAAAAUGUGUUGAUGGAGACACAUUCCAUCUUAUUGUAGAAAUGUUAGCUGAAUUGCCAGAGGAGCCCCUAUGUAAUCAAAUGCCAGAUUUAAUUCAAAAGAAAUAUACAAGGCAGGAUUCAGUUUUCUGUAAUGCUAUGAUUCAACAAGAUUUUCAACCAAUUUUUGAUAGGCUUCGUCCUCUUUUAUCAGUUGGUGGAGUACAGCAAGUAAAAAUAUCAGUGGCAGUCAGUCCAAGUAAAUUUUAUUGUCAGCCAGUGCAAUAUCUAAUGGAGCUUGACGAGUUGACAAACAACAUGUCUUCAUAUUAUGAAACUAUUAAUAGAGAAAAUAUUCCAUCCUUUGACAGUCUGGGAGUCCUCUGUGCAGCCAGACGAAAAGAUGGUCAUUGGUACAGAGGAGUAAUACAACAGCUCCUCUCUGAUAACAACGUGAAGGUUUGGUUUGUGGAUAUUGGCAAUUGUGAAGCUGUGCCUUCCAGUUGUGUUCUGAAGCUUGAAUCAAAAUUUAUAUCGGUGCCUAGAUUUUCAUUUCCUUGUGCUCUAUCAUGUCUUAGUGACCAAGAUAAAUCCAUAAGAAAUAGCCAGCUAAAAGAAUUCAAGGAGGCCCUUCUAAGGCAAAGUCUGGUUUAUAUCCACAUUGACUUAUUCGAUGCUAAUGAACAUUUGUAUUACGUUACAUUGCUUAAGCAUGAAUCAACUACAAAUGGUGAAUAUCUGCCUCAGGGAAAUGCUGUGGUUCCAAGCUAUGGUCCUUCCUUUAAGACAGAAAUUACUGACACAUAUGGGGACGUGAGAAUUUCCAAUGCAAACCCUGUCUUUGCUGAACCUGUUCCUAACAAUAUACUACAAUCAAGAAAUUGCUCAAAUGCGAAGGGCUCUUCCUCAAAUUGUGUUUUAUCAGUUCCUUAUGAGACAGCAGAAAUGAAAACAGGUUCUGUCUAUGUUGCUUUUGUAGAGUAUGUACUGAAUCCUUCAAAUUUUUGGGUUCAAACUAAUCAUCUAGAUGAAUUUGAAGCCUUGAUGGGUAAAGUUUCAGAUGUUUAUGACAUAGGAGAAACAGGUGAUAAGAAUCUAGAAAAUCCAGAACCUGGCAUGCUGUGCUGUGCACGGUAUAACAAGGAUAUGCAUUUUUACAGGGCUGUCAUUGAGGAAGUGUGUGACAGUGGUAUUAAUGUUUAUUUUUUGGAUUUUGGAAAUACUGAAACUGUGCCAAUGUUUGAAGUGAGAACUCUGCUUCCAGAGUUCCAAGAGUUACCAGCUUUAGCCAUAUGUUGUUCACUUGCUAGAGCAUUUCCAGUUGAAGAUGUGUGGAUUAAAAAGGAAACAGACUUCUUUAAAAACUUGGUUUUUGGCAAACCAGUCAUACUUCAUGUUGUUGGAAAACAAAACAAUAAAUACAGUGUCAGUAUGCAAUGUGUGGAUGGCUCAGUGCAAGUUGAUGUUCUCCAAUCAAUGGUUCAGGCUGGCUAUGCUGUAUGUUGGGAAGUAAAGCCAGAUCCAUUACUGUACACUGUAAAAGAUUGUAAAGAACAAAACCCAGAACUUAAAAGUAAAAACAUGCAGUGUAAAAACCAUAUGUGGAAUAAUAAAAUGGGAGUAUGUAGAAAUGUUAAUAAUUUGCCUAGUACUCAUCCUGUGACGAUGAAGGUUGCUGUUAAUUGCCCACGGUGGGAGAGCACACUUUCCAAGAAAUAUGGGAAAGUGUCUGGAGAAAGUAACAGUAUGUGCCCUUACAAAGAAUAUCGGUUUAAACCCGGAACUGUCCUCGCUGUUAUAUGUUGUGAUAGUACUUCACCAGGUGACUUUUCAUGCCAGGUGCAAACUAAAUUACCAGAGCUAAAUAACUUAAUGGAGCAAAUUCAGAUUCAUUACAAAACACAAACCAUGCCAUAUCAAAGUGGGCAGCUUGCCUGUGUUGUGAAAGAUUCAAAUGAUGGAAAGUGGUACAGAGCUUGCGUGGUGAAACAUGUAUCCAAAACAAGAAUUGAAGUUGUAUUAGUGGACUACGGGAAUCAAAAAAAUGUUUUACUGGAAAACAUUCAAGCCAUUCUCCCAGAUUUUCUGACUUUGGAAUGUCAAGCAUUCAGAUGUUGUCUUAGUAGUGUAACUCGGUCUUUAAAGUUUGAUCCAGGUAAUUGGACUGCAGAAGCAUGUAAUGAUUUUAAAUCCUUCAUUUCUUCUUCCAAUGGACUGUUGACUUGCACCAUUUCAGCCCUUAUUAUUAAGAGCCCUAGCUGCUUAUAUAAUGUGGUUGAUUUGUGGACUCCGCAUGUCAGAGCACAGCAGUUUCUUUUAGACUGUGGCCAUGACCAGUUCUGCUCUCUCCAGUUCCCAAGAUUGCUCGCACCAUCAUUCUUUCUGUAUAGUUUUUACUAUUCAUCUUUUGAUGUGAAUGUUGGAAAUGAAGAAGAUGUAUGUAUAACGCAUAUAAAAAGCCCUACAAAAUUCUAUUGCCAGCUGAAUAGGAAUGCAGAUGAUAUGGGUAACCUGUUGCAAAAAAUUACAGAUAUCAGUAAGAUGGCAAGCUGUGUAGGCCAAAUAGACUCCCGCAGAUUAUACUUAGCCAAAUAUUUUGAAGAUGGAUUCUUUUACAGGGCUUUGGCAUUUCCUGUAGGAUUAUCAGAUUACUUGCCUGUAUACUUUGUGGACUUUGGGAAUAAACAAGUGGUAGCAAAAGAUGAACUGAUUCAUAUUCCAGAUCAUGCCUCAGAAGUAUUGUUCACCCCUAUGCAAGCUGUCAAGUGUUACCUGUUGGAUCUCAAAGAUACUGAAAUUCCAGUUGAAAUAAAUAAAUGGUUUGAGAAGAAUUUCUUAGGUAAAGAACUGAAGGCAGUAAUCAUAGCUAAAGAAUCUGAUGGCCAGCUUGGUGUGGAGUUGUAUGAUAACCAUCUACAGAUCAGUAAGAAGAUUAAAGAAUUAUUAUUAAAGCAUACAGCAAAGUGUAAUGAGCCCCCAAAGUAUGUAAACAGAUAUGUAGAAAAGCCUCUUGGAGCUCAAAAUGUGAAAGGAGUGGAAAAAAUGAGUGCAGUUAUAGCAAAAGUUAAAAGAGACACAGAAAAUAAAAUAAAUUCUUAUCGGAAUGAUGGGGAAGUAUAUGCUGAGCCUGGAAAAGAAACUGCAGUUGAUCUGCAGGAACAGUGCAGUAGGUCAGUAGAAGUUCCAGUAACCUAUGAAAAUACAGAAUCGGUCUUGCAAAAUACUUUGGGAGAGAGAGAUAAAAGUACAAGCAAAGAAAUUAGUGAUGACACUACUUUAAAAUGUAAGAAAGUGCCUGCAAAUGAUAUGACUGAAUUGCAUAUCCAGGAACUAAACCCUUCAGGACAAGAAAGGAGUACUUCGGCUAAGCAAAAGUACAGAGAUCUUAUACAGUGUAACAUUCAGCCAAAUUCCAAAGUGAUGGGUUAUGUUUCCUUCAUAAUUAGCCCAUCAAGUUUCUAUUUUCAUCUUGAAGAGGCUGAGAAUAAAAUUUUGCUGCUUUCUGAAGAACUGAAUAGAUGCAGACUGAUUUUAGAGCCACAAACUGACAUUGAGGAAGGUGACAUAGUAUUAACUGAGUAUGAAGUUGAUGGUUGCAUAUACAGAGCUGUUGUUAGAGCAGUUAAAUCGGAUGCAUUCUAUGAAGUAGAAUUCAUUGACUAUGGUAACUCGUCAUCUGUGAAUGCAUCAAAAAUCUAUAAGAUAGAAAAAGCUUUCUUAAAUUUACCAAGACUUAGCAUACACUGUUUCAUUAGUCAGGCAAAAUGCAUGCUGCCUGAUAAAAACUGGAGUAGUAAUAUUACUGCCUACUUUGUCAGUAAAUUAAAUAAUCAGCAAAUAAUUUGUAAGUUUCUACAUCAACAUGGAGAACAAUGGGAGGUUGAACUAUUCUCUCGUGGAAAGUCUGUGAUUGAUGAUUUAAUGCAGAUGAAAAUCUGUCUAGAUUUACAGAACAUGCCUAUGUUAAAUGAGAGAAAAUUGCUUUCAGCAAUAAAUACAUAUUCUAAUGUCAAUGACCAAAGUCAUCAAAUUGUACAUAAAGAAUAUGAAUCUGGACCUACUUGGAAAAGUCUUCCUAAAAUUGCUUACCAAAAAUUUAACCCCGGACAGCUAGAAAUAGCUGAAAUAGGUCACAUUUCUAGAAAUGGAAAUUUCUAUGUAAAGUUAACUAAGGAUGCACAAACAUUGCAUAUUGUAGAUAUGAUGGCUACUCAAGAAGCAGAGCAAAUAUUGAUUGCUGUGGAAGAUAUUCAAGAAGGGUUAGAAUGCCUGGCAAAAUCAAAAAUAACUUCCAAAUGGCAUCGAUCUGAAGUUAUUAAAAAGUUUGUGAAUGAGGAGAAUGUGCUGGGUUUUUUCAUAGAUUUGGGAAUAUAUGAAAUGGUAUCUUUCAAUGAUAUAAGGAGGUUGAGUAGCAAGAUGAGGCAUAUUCCCAGGAAUGCAGUCCCUUGUAAAUGGGUUUGGAUUGGAAAUACAGAUGGCCUGGCUUUUGAGAGAGUUCUGAAGAUGUUAAAAGGCCAUGAGAUAAAAAUUUUAUUUAUGGGAUACCUAGAAUCUGCUUUAAUUUGGCAAGUAGAAAUUUUAGUGAAUGGGAUUCUGUUGCUUGAAUAUUGGCCUCAAAUAUCUAAUCAAGGGAAGUUAGAGAAAUGUAACUUAUUGGAAAAGGAAAACUUAAAUAAUAUGAAAAUGACAGUGCCCGAAUAUUCAUUUAGGCAGAGUUCAAUUUCAUGGGCAAAGUUUCAGAACAAUAGAUCUUAUCCUGGCUUUGUCACAUCAGUCACUGAUCCAUCAAACUUCUUUAUCCAAUUAGAAGACUCAUUUAAGACCAUGGAAGUAUUGUUUAAGUUGCUCUCUGAUCUGCCAGAAAACUUGCCAACUAUGCCAAGGGAACUUGUUGGUACUGGCACAAGCUGCCUGAUAAAGACUGAGCCUAAUAAAAAGUGGAAUAGAGUCGAAGUUUCUCAACUCUCAAAUCAAUAUAUGCUUACCUUUGUAGAUGAUGGAGUAUCAGCUUCCAUUCCCAUCUCAGACUUCCACAGGUUAAAAGUUAUCCCAGAAGCACUUGUACAUUUACCUCGACUAACUUAUCCUUGUUCUUUAUUUGGAGUGUCACCCAUUCUCAGGGAACACUGGAAUGAUGAGGCUAAAUGUAAAAUUCAGCAAUUUCUUGGUAGACAAGGUCUAAUAUUCCAGUUCAGACAGUACUGUGGGAUGAAGAUGGAGGUAGAUGUGUCAUGUGAGGAAAGCAAUGCAGCGGAUGUAUUGGUUGCUUCUGGCUGUGCUGUGUAUUCUUUCACGUCAACUAAUUUUGUAGAAUGUAAUGCAUUGAGUUCACAAACGUUGCACAGUCCUUUGCAAAUGGGUAGUCAGAAAAGCUCUGGAAAGGCGGGGGAUCACAAAAUAUCAGAUUUGCUGUUCAAAUAUACUUGUGAUACAAGACCAAGAAGAAGCAGCUCUAAAAAACUGUGUUGUAGGAAAAAACUACUGAAGAAGGUAGCAUCACACAUCAAAAGAAAUAAAAACAAGACCUUCAGUGGCCAAUGCCAUCACAAAAAGGAACUGAGGAAAACUUCUCCCAUAGGUAUAUCAGCAAGAAUAACACAUGAGAUACCUGAUCCCACUGAACUGAGUACCUUUCUGGAAGUGAUGAAAAUUAGUGAAGAGAAGCCAUCAAAUAAACACUGUGCUAGAAAGGUCAGUUUCAAAUGUCUUAUUAAAAUUAAUUUUGUCCUUUUGAUACAUAUUGAGAAUUUUAUCAAGCAGCCUUUCUAUGAGGCUUUUGAUUCCGUGAGAUUUGCCAAGCAGCAUGGUCUUUGGUUGAAAUUUUCAUGA